AUGGAUCACACUCUGAUCACCAUUUUGUUUCCCCAACAAUUCUCCGCCGCCGCAGACGACCGCAACCGAAUUCUCCAGAUCGCUUGCGCGCAGACCAAAUCUCCUGAUAUCUGCAUUUCCGUCAUUCAAUCCGAUCCCCGCAGUGCCGCCGCCAAGGACGUGAGAGUAUUUAGCAUAAUCGACCUCGAAAAGGCACUGUCGAAGACUAGCGGUCUGAAGGAAAGAUGCCUGGAGGAGUACCGGAAAGUUGUUGGCGACGCCGGAGAUGCCAUAAAGAAGUUGAAGGCCAAAGGUACUGUGCCGUCGGUUCAACAUAGCAUAAUGAGUGCGAUUAAAGAUGUAGUUACUUGUUAUAAGGGUAAUGAGGGUUUUGUCCUCACCUUAUUUGGUAUUUCCAUGGAUGUUCUCAACAUCAUUAAUUGA